AUGUUACUGAGGCUUUUAUCGUACGCAGGCACGGUCCUUGGGUUUCUGUUCUUGACGCUGUCAAUAGCGUCCGGGUUAUACUAUGUAAGUGAGCUCGUAGAGGAGCAUUCAGAGCCAACAAAAAGGUUUUUGACGCGGGCCAUUUACGGUAUUAUGAUCAUUUUCGUCACAUUGCUGUUAUUCGACUCUUUUCCAUUCAAACUAAGCGUCUUUUCAAUUGCAUCCUAUCUGGUUUAUCUUCAGAACUUGAAACAUUUCCCAUUCAUACGUCUCACGAGCCCCACAUUUUUGGCAAGCUGUGCACUCGUGAUCGCAAACCAUUACCUGUGGUUCAAGCACUUCAACGACAACGAGAUCCCACCACAGUUUCGCUUCGAUCCAAACUACAUUCCACGCCGACGUGCCAGUUUCUCGGAAGUCGCUUCUUUCUUCGGUAUCUGUAUUUGGUUUAUCCCAUUCGCACUAUUCGUCUCGCUCUCCGCUGGCGAUAACGUCUUGCCCACUACGACCGCGGGACUCGCCAAAAAGACUGAUGAAUCAGUAACUAACGCACCCAAAUUUCGCAAAAAGGCCACCGGUUUGGUCCGCGUCGUCAUCGACUCUGUCAGAUCAUACUUCUACUCGGUGGCUCGCGUCUUUGGUUAUAAUGUCGAUCCAAACAGAGAUCGACUAUUGAUUUAA